GAAGACAAGACUUCGUUUGACCCAGAGCGGCACAGAAGUCCUAAGGGAGUUCUCCAUGGAAGGCCGUGGCAAGACCGCCAUUGUCGAGGACGGAUCGAGCGUGAGAAAGCAGGGGAGGCCGGAGAAUGACGACCGAGGGAGACUCGAGGGCUCGAAGAUAGACAAGCUCAAGAGAGAGAAUAUCGCCGAGUUGUACUCGAAGCUCCGGUCUAUGGUGCCCGGCGUAUGUCCCAAGGCUCCAAUGGCAGAAACUUUGCAAGAAGCAGUUCUUUACAUCAGGUCCCUUGAAGAAGAGAUGGCGAGGUUGGAGAAGCUGAAGAUGUCAUCGGGCCAAUUAACAACCACCAGCACGUCGAUCAGCGUCCAUUCUUCCAACAGCAAUCUUGCUUGCUUCGCGAUCACAUCGCCCAUCCGACGAAAUUUGGUGACCGACGUGAUCAAUGUCUUUGACGAACAUCGAGCCGAAAUUAUUACCUCUCACAUCGUGGCCCACGAAGGGAGGAUGAGGAUGACAGUGACGGCGGCAGUGAAUGACGUAGACGACCGCGCUGUCGAGAAGAUUAAGCAGGACAUUCUCACGGUAGAAAGCAAAAGAAGGGUCUCAAUUUCAUAA